AUGGAGCAGCCGGCUGAUGGGCCGAUCCAAUCGAUAGCGGAACCUGGUGUGAAAGCUUCAGGACCUCUUCUUUACUCUAUGAGAAAGGAAGUGGCCGAACUGCUGGGUAGGCACCAGACGGGGUUUCCUGGGGCUCAGCCUGUUAGUUUCGCGAGACAGCAUCUCGACGAACUUCAAAAACAAGACUACUAUGUCUGCGAAAAAUCAGACGGCAUUCGAUACUUGCUCUACUCCACCUCGGAUGAAGAAGCCUGCGAAGCGCACUACCUCAUAGACCGCAAAAACGAUUACUGGUUCAUCACCAACAGAAACCUACAUUUCCCACUUGAAAACAACACGCAAGCUUUCCAUCGAGACACCCUCGUAGAUGGCGAACUCGUCUGGGACAGCCUCCCCAAUGGAAAGAAAGAACCGCGCUUCCUCGUGUUUGACUGCCUCGUCAUGGAUGGGAACAAGCUUAUGGACAGAACCCUCGAUAAACGACUGGCAUACUUCAAGGAGAGGCUGUAUACACCCUACAAAAAGCUCUUCAAGGAGUACCCCGAUGAGCUGAGAUUUCAGCCAUUCUUUGUCGAGAUGAAGCCGUUCCAGCUGGCUUACGGAAUUGAGAUGAUGUUCAAGCAGGUCCUUCCAAGCCUAAAGCACGGCAAUGAUGGGCUGAUAUUCACAUGUCGCAAUACGGCGUACAAACACGGCACGGACCCUCACAUCCUUAAGUGGAAGCCUCCAGAGGAAAACACGAUUGAUUUCCGGCUCAAACUGACGUUUCCCCUAGUCGAGCCGGAUGAGUGGGAGAGAAAAGAGGGCAUCACAGAGCCGUUUAUCGACUAUGACAGCGUCCCAAAGUCGGAGCUUCUGAUCUUUCUGGGCGACAGUGGUGAUAAAUACGAGCUCUUUGACGACCUGUACUUGACCGAGGACGAAUGGGAGACUCUAAAGAGUCUGAACGAUCCCCUGAACGAACGCAUCAUCGAGUGUAAUCAGGAUGAUCAAGGGCGUUGGCGACUGCUUCGUUUCAGAGAUGACAAGCAUGAAGCGAAUCACAAGAGCACAGUGGUCAGUGUCCUAGAGAGUAUCAACGAUCGUGUCUCAGAGAAAGAUUUGUAUAGAGCUGCUGGCCCGAUUCGAGAUAGUUGGAAGGCGAGACAAGCUCGAUCGACUCAGGUACGUGACCGGUAG